AUGCGUUGCUCGUCGAUGUGGUUAAUAUUUGCUUUAAAGUUUAGCUUUAAUUUGCGUUCUGUUCAUCCUGUGUCAAUGAUCAAAUUUACGAAUAUUAAGUGCGUAGCGCUGGAUAAACCAUUUGCCGAUUUCGCCUACUGUAAGCUCAAAGCAUUGUCUCGCGAGGACGUCGCUCUUUCGUUGCGCGUCAAGCUGUUUGAAGUACCAGUGAACAAUGUUAGCCUAAAAGUAGAAUUUUUUAAGAAAUACAACGGUUAUCGUCCCUUCUUGUUCAAUAAAACAUUAAAUUUUUGUGAAUUUCUCCGCAACAAAAAACGUGUCGCCCUCUUGGAUAUAAUAUUCAAAUUUUUAGAACUUUAUUCAAAUAUCAACCACACUUGUCCUUAUAACAAUGAUAUCAUCGUUGACCGUCUUAUUCUUAGGCCAAGCUAUUUUACUAUGUUGCCAGCACCAGCGGGGGAGUAUCGCAUAAAGAUAACUGUUGGUGCUUAUAAUGAUUGGAAAGCUAUUGUUAAUGUAUUUCUACAAAUUUGGGAAUAA